GUCGCGAGAUUCGGGCGUACGAAAAGUUUCUCGCCUCGUCGGCUAACUUUUUUUCUUUUCUGGUUAAGAAAAUGCAUUGAAAGUGAAAAUUUUGUGCUUGCAAAUCACAUUAAAAUUGUCGGGAGAAAAGUGCCUUACCGCUUGGAAGCAAGUUUUUCAGAAAAGUGUGACCAUCACGCGCGAUUAUCGAUACACAAUCGCCAGUCAUGAUAGCAAUCGGCGACAGCAGAAGUCGGGUGCUUCUCACGCUUUCCGCUGCCCUGCUAGCGGUGCUUUGUUGUGUGACCCUCGGCUCCGCCCAAACCUCAUCACAGUUGACCUGCCCGGGCAAGACGACCUGCCGGGAAUGCAUUCAAACGAGCAACUGUCGCUGGUGUACACAGGCCAACUUUAGCAAACCGCGAUGCCACGGGCACGAUAUCGGUUACUGUCCGGAGGAGUACACGGUUGAUCCGAGCAAUGAAGCGAUUACAUUGAUAGCACGGGAACUGAGCAAACCUUCGAAAGGGGGUGUGGCUGUUGCAGGAGGAGGAGCAGGUUACGAGGCGGAAAUGUCCGCCAGUAGUAGUUCGCAUUGGUCGUCCUCGUCGUCUUCGUCGUCCCAUUCAAGUUCGUCGCAUUCAUCCUCCGGAAGUAUGAGUGCCAGCGGGCAGAAUAUUGUGCAGAUUUAUCCGCAGAGGGUGCAACUGAAGCUGAGACUAAACGAAGUAUACCGAUUGGGCGUCAAGUACUCCCAGGCGGAGGAUUACCCGGUCGAUCUAUACUACCUGAUGGAUCUGUCCAAAUCCAUGGAAGAUGAUAAGGAAAAGUUGUCAACGCUUGGUGCAUUACUGGCCGAUGAGAUGCGUAGUAUCACGUCCAAUUUUCGUCUCGGUUUCGGAUCGUUCGUGGAUAAGGUGUUGAUGCCAUACGUGUCAACGGUGCCGAAAAAACUGGUCAACCCGUGUGACCGCUGCGAAGCUCCGUACGGUUACAAGAACCACAUGUCGCUGAACGUGGAUACGGAUCGGUUUUCCGAAGAGGUCCAGCGAGCGGCAGUCUCCGGUAACCUGGACGCCCCGGAGGGUGGCUUCGAUGCUAUCAUGCAGGCCGUGGUUUGCCGUGACCAGAUCGGUUGGCGAGAGAAAGCCCGUCGUCUGCUGGUGUUCUCCACGGAUGCCGGAUUCCACUACGCCGGCGAUGGAAAAUUGGGCGGUGUGAUAACCCCGAACGAUGGCGAGUGUCAUCUGGAUAAGACGGGCCGGUACACUCAUUCCACGAUUCACGACUAUCCGAGCAUUUCGCAGAUUAAUUUGAAGGUGAAACAGAAUGCGAUCAACGUGAUCUUUGCGGUGACGCAGAACGAGCUGUCCGUUUACGAGCGGCUGUCCAAGCUGGUGGAGGGUUCAUCGGCGGCCAUGUUGUCCAACGAUUCGUCCAACAUAGUAUCGCUGGUGCGGGAUGAAUAUAAUAAAAUCUCAUCCUCGGUCGAAAUGAAGGACAACCGGACGGACAGUUUGAUCGACGUUAAGUACUACUCGCGCUGUCUAGGAAAUGGACCGCUCGUACAGACCAGCAAAUGUGACGGACUUAAAGUCGGCGACAUUGUCCAAUUCGAAGCUCACAUCACCCUGCUGAAGUGUCCGGAAAACCCGCGCGACUGGAACCAGGGUCUGCAGAUCUAUCCGGUCGGUAUCACCGAGAGUCUGACCGUUGACAUAGAGAUGUUGUGUAGCUGUCCCUGUGAACUACCCGGCAAUCCAGAGUACAAGGAGUACGCCGAAGAGUGCAGCAACGUGGGAACGUACAAGUGCGGGGUUUGUGACUGCGACGAGUUUCAUCAUGGGCACAAGUGUGAGUGCUCCGCGACGGAUAUUCACACCGAGGCAGGAUUCGCCGAUGCUUGCCGUCAAACGAACACUUCGGUCGAGUGUAGCGGGCGGGGUCAGUGCGUCUGCGGAGUGUGUGAUUGCGACAAACGAGCUAACGCGGAGGAGGUGAUCUCCGGGACGUUCUGCGAAUGUGACAACUUCUCCUGCGAUCGUCACAAUGGAUUGUUGUGUUCCGGGCCGAAGCAAGGCACUUGCUCCUGUGGAGAAUGUAUCUGUGCUGAAGGCUGGACUGGCGCUGCCUGCGAUUGCAAAGCGACCAACGAGAACUGUAUUCCACCAAGUGGUGGCGAGAUUUGCUCCGGUCAUGGAACUUGUGAGUGCGGAAGUUGUAGGUGCAAAAUAACGGAAGAAGGUCGCUAUUCGGGUCGAUUCUGUGAGAAGUGCCCAACCUGUUCGGGACGCUGUAAUGAGUUUAAACACUGCGUCCAGUGUCAACAGUACAAAACGGGGCCCUUGGCAGAACCGUCGGAUUGCGCAGCAAACUGUACCCUGUUCACGCCCAUCCCGGUACAAAAGGUGGAGGUUGAUGAGGAGAAGGAUGACAACAAGUGUACCUUCUUCGAUGAGGAUGACUGUCGGUACGAGUUUUCGUAUAACGACAGUGGCGAACAGGUCGUCGUGAAGGCGCAGGAGGAACGCGAGUGUCCUCCAAAGGUGUUCAUGCUGGGAAUCGUUCUUGCUGUGAUUGCUGCCGUUGUUUUGAUCGGUUUGGCGGUGCUGUUACUUUGGAAACUGUUGACCACGAUCCACGAUCGUCGAGAGUUUGCACGCUUCGAAAAAGAGCGGAUGAUGGCGAAGUGGGAUACGGGCGAGAACCCCAUCUACAAGCAGGCAACAACGACCUUCAAGAACCCAACGUAUGCCGGCAAAUAAACCUCAUCGAAUACCGCAAGUGCCUACAGUGUUUCAGCUAACAGUUUUGGAUUUUAGAACAGCUUAAACAGUUCACGAUUUGUGAUAAAACCGAAACUGUUACUGUCAUGUUUUUGGAUCGACUUAUUCAGGAGACGAGGCUCCCGAUAACGCAAACAGUGUCACAACAAACAUUACUAGUCUUCGAAUUUUCCUUUCUCUUCUAUGGCCUGCAAACCUCUGUGGAACAUACCAAGGUGAAAGGCGUGCUAGGGUAGCCCGUCUCUUUAAGUUUUUUGGAAAUUUGGAUCCUUUCUCUCUGCACAAUCAUCAACAGAAGUGUUACAGAGAAAAAAAUUGUGUUGGAAAGCUAGAAUUUGAAUGUAAUACAUAAAACGUAAAAAAAGAAGGCCUUAUCCAAUAAUUGAAAGUAAAAUCUACACAAACAGCAUAUGUACUGCUAUACUUAAGUGUACUUACGUCAAGCGAUAUAAAAAAGCAACAGUUUUACAAACAAAGCCAAAAUUUACUAAGCAAUAGUUGAGCGGAGAAUGGAACGCGAAUUUAGAUUAAGCAUGAGUUUGCUGCCAUUUUUUUAAACUUAAAACAAGCUUUGUGACUAAAUUAUUUAGUUGUAUACGGCAGGAAGUGUCGACAAAGUGACUCGACUCGAACGAACGUGUCUUCGAUUGAUUUCUACAGCAAAUAACAUUGUAUUAACCUCGGCAUAAACUACCGAAAAAAAAAUGAAUUGAUAAUCAAUAACAUUGUAUUAACAAACAUGAAUUUAUGUGUCAAAUUUUCGUUAGGGAUUUAGUUGUAGUGAAACGAACGCAUAACGCACACAUCAGUGGAUUAAUUUAUUUUUAGCUGUGUGUGAAAUUUCGAGUUUCCUCUAACAUUGAAAGCAAUAGUCUACUUCAUCCAAGUUCAAUUUCAUGAAUUAAUUUAGUUUAAAUUUGUAAAUAAUUUAUUUUUGGGGUCCCCGAAAAGAGGGAUUUUAUCUGUGCAAAUCAAAACAAGUACGUAUUACAAACAUUUAGAAAUAAUCAUACAUGUGUACGAAACUAGCCGAGGGUUUAGAUGACAGAAAUUUUUAUUGUAGUUGAAUAAAAAUAUACUUUUAACAGUC